GUGAUAUGGCCUAAAAAGUAUCCAUAAAUCUGUUUUUUAGGCUGUAAAGCUAAGGCUAGGUCCACACUACGUUUUGCCUCCUGCUUGACAUAUUCACCAGCAUCCCACUGAAAAGGGGAUGCCAACGUAUACUCAAUGUAUACUUAAAAAAAAAAGCAAACAAAAAAUAAAAUUGUCCAUAGAAUGACUAUAAAAAUCCUCAUAGUAUUCGGAAACUGCAUUCAGAAAACGUUCUAGCCUCAACGGUGAUUGAACAGAACCGUUCUUGGCCCCAUCUGCAGAACAUCAGGCUUGUUCUUGAAGACAUACAAACCAAUAACCAACCAAGAUGAUGUCCUCUCAGGUACGCCAGAACUACAGCCAUGACUGUGAGGCCGCAGUUAACCGCAUGGUCAACCUCAAGUUCUACUCAUCUUAUACCUACCAGUCCAUGAGCUUUUAUUUUGAUCGUGAUGACGUCGCUCUUCACCAUGUGGCUGAGUACUUCAAGGAGCAGAGCCACGUGGAGAGGGAACAUGCUGAGAAAUUCAUGAAAUGUCAGAACAAACGUGGUGGACGUCUCGUUCUACAGGACAUCAAGAGACCUGACCGAGAUGAAUGGGGAAGCCCCUUGGAGGCCAUGCAAGCAGCUCUGUCCUUGGAGAAGACUGUUAACCAGGCUCUUCUGGAUCUGCAUAAUGUGGCUACGGAUAGAAAAGACCCCUAUCUCUGUCAGUUACUGGAAUGUGAGUUCCUGAAAGAACAUGUAGAUCACAUUAAGAAGAUAGGAGACUACAUCACCAACCUGAAGCGCCUGGGGGUCCCCAAUAAUGGCAUGGGUGAAUACCUGUUUGACAAGCAUAGUAUGGAGGGAAGCAGCUAAAACCAGUACAUGAGAAUGAGCCCGCUACACUGGGAGAGGCCGUUCACUAAUAUUAUGCUAUCUGGCUUAUAAUAUGAGGAUAUGAUGUGAAAUGUGAAAUAUUAAAGGUGUGCUGUGUCAAUGCAGGAGUCAAUAUGUCUCUGUGUGGUUUGUUAAUAUACUUCUCAAGAUAGUUUUAGUUUAGCUUCAUCAUGUCUGAUUCAAUUUAGAGAAGGUGUUCUCAUCUAGUACCAGCAUUUUACAAUCUCCAAUUCCUGUCUGCUGGUGCACAGUGGCGUCACCUUGUAUGUGCUGGAACUGAGAGGAAGAGCAAGGAGCCAAUGACUAUUCGCUGUAUUAAACUAAGCACCACAUUUAUCUGUAAGUGCAUCAUUAGAACGAGCUUACAGUUAAAAGGACUGAGCGAAGCACCUGAGUGAGUAAUUUCCCAGGGUUCACAGGAUGCUGACACCUUUCCUGGUCAGAAUCCCUGGUCAUCUAGGGCCCUGCCUGUUGCAGAAUAUUAUUAUUGCCUAAUAUUAAAGGGGCACUGCAGCCAAAAUUAACAUACCCUGUCCAUAGGAUAGGGGAUAAGUUGGACCCCCGUGAUCUCUGGGAGGUGACCCCGUCUUGCUCAGUGAGGAGCGCGUGUCAUUUACUGCUAGAGGGCACGCGCUCCAUUAAUUUCUAUGGCGCUGAUGAUGAUGCCCGAGUGCUGGACUCUUCGGCGCUCCCAUAGAAAUCAAUGGAGUGCAUUCCGUCUACCUCACUCCGAGCUGGGUCCCCUAUCCUGGAGAUGAGUUAAUUUUGGCUGCAGUACCACUAAAAGGGGUACUCCACUGCUCAGUGUUUGGAGCAAACAGUUCCGAGCGCUGGAGCCAGCGCCGGGAGCUUGUGACAUCAUAGUCCCGCCCCUCAUGAUGUCACAUCCUGCCCCCUAAAUGCAAGUCUAUAAAACAUUCUACUGAAGUGUGUAAUGUAUAAAUCUGCAGUCCCUGGUAUGACCUGAACAAUUUUAGGAUAUGCUAGGAGUCUUUGCUUCAAAAACUAGAAAAAAAGACUUCCACAGGGGUGUUAUGGCACCCCUGAGGAAAUCACCUGUAGGUGACGGAACGCGUGGGGUUCAGGAGGACACCUGUUCAGGGAUUUUUUUUACUGCACUACCUCUGGUUCUUGUAUUUCCCAGUUUCCUGUCUGUCAUAUCUGUGGAUCAGGUUGUAUACUAUAUAUUUUUACUUGACAGAGAGUUUUUGUGAUAAUACAUGCAGACUGUAUAGAUAUAUUUGUGUUAUUUGGAUAUAUAUUAAGAGGUGGUGUUAGAACUUUACUAUAGAUACAGGUGUCCUGGGAGGAGUCCAAGGGGCUCCCCCUGUUGUGGGAGGGCAUGUUUAUGCCUUUUUAAAUGUUUUUAUGGAGGUUUGUUUGUUGUCU